AUGAUUCAUCCACGAAUAGUUCCUUGGAGAAGUAAGGAUGAAUUAGAUAUUCUGAAGAAAUGGUUUUACUCUAAAGAAGGAACCGAAGAUAAUAGAAAUAGAGCAGUGGAGAAAGUGAGAGCCUAUCAAAGCAAAGGUUCUAAUUUGUUGCCACAUGUAAUUGAUUCAACUGCUCAAAUAACAAGUGCAAUUUUACUAGAUGAAAGGGAAACUGGUUCGCAUAAUAAUAAUGUAUCUGUAAGAUUGGGAUAUACUAUGACGCUAGUAAGAUUUGUCAAUGGGUUGUUAGAUCCAACCCAGCAAUCAAUGUAUGCCAUUCCAUUACAUACACUGGCUAAAAAAAUUGGAUUACCUUCGUGGUUUGUUGAUUUGAGGCACUGGGGUACACAUGAAAGAGAACUACUGAGUCUAGAUAUGUUACGUUUGGCCUCUAAGGAAGCAUUGGGUUGGCUGUGGAACCACUACUGGAAUGAUGAAGAGUUAGAAGAUUCUAGUGAAGGUGAAGAGGAAGAAAUUACAGAGAAGGAGACGGGCAUAAAUUUAGAUGAUGUUGAAUUUAUAUUAAAUGAGUUUCAAAGAAUUAAACAUAUUAUUGUAGAGUAUAGUUGGAUAUGGGAAUCGGAAAGUUCUAAUGUCAUCACAAGUUCAAAUUUCAAUGUUUCCGAAAUGAAUAAAUCUAUUAAAAAUACAAAUAAAUCCAAAAAUCAUUCUGAAUUGUCACCACAAGAGAUAGUUACGAAAUUUUUAAAUAAAUUGAAAAAAAUAUGGAGAAAUACAGAAAACAAACAAAAAUUUGUUGAAACAUUCAUAGAAAAUUGUAACACAUUAAUGAUGAAAUUAUAUUUGUCCAAGUUAAAUGGGUUUGACAUUGAAUUAAUGAAGUGGGUUAUUGAAGCCAGCAAAGGUGAACGACACGAAACUAAUAAGAUAAUCAAGGGGAAAUAUUCUAAUUGGGAAACCAUGGAAUUGAAACUUUUGGAUAAAUCUAUCAGACUUUUCAAUAUUCGAUCUAUCCUUAAUGAUUGGGACUCAUGGGAAAAGCUCUUGGAAGAGAAUCAAUCCUAUGUAACUUUAGUAGUAAGUCAGAGGCUUUUAAAAUCGAUACAGAAGUAUAACGAAGAGAGUGGCAUGAGAAAAAAAAGAAAGCGCAAGAGAAGCGAAAAUUUGGAACAAGAUAUUGAAAAUAACUUAGCGUCACAGGUCAAAAAUCUAGAACAGUUAUACAACAAGAAUGACAUGAAGUUACUAGAUUUGAAAUUACAAGAAAAACAUGUGGUUCAUCAAGUGGAAGAAAAUAAAGUUGCGAAGUCUCAGACAAAGGCAGUUGAAAAUAACAAUUCAAUGGCAGAUAUAUUGGGGGAUUUAGCAGAUUUAAAACAGAGAACGCAUAAGAUUAAUAAACCUGAAUUAUCAACUGAUGAAAAGGAUACCGAGGUUGAAGUUCCAAUAGUACUUUGGGAACGUUAUCCUAACUGGGAACCCAAACCUUUUGGUGUAUCUUAG